AUGCCAAAUAUUGAAUAUAUAAUCACGGCUGAAUUCCACAUAGAUAAAGGACCUUCAUUAGUUUUCCAAUAUCCUCAUCAAUUACCUGGAUUACAAAACUUAUAUUUCUUACCAGAAUUAAUGUUACCAGAUCAAAUCCAUAAGAGAAAUGAAGAUUAUACACUUUUCUUACUUUAUAGAAAUUUAAAUACUGGAGAAUUUCAAUAUCUUUAUAAUAAAAAUAAUUGUGAACCAGAUCCUUAUUUUUUAUAUACUAUAGUAUUAAAUUUAACAAACGAUGAAUACAAGAGAGGUUCACAAGUUAAAAGUUUAUCAAUUUUAACAAAUUUAUCAUUUUUUAAAAAUUUUAAACCUGUUAUGAUGAUUUGUUUAGAUUUAUAUUUUAAAUCAAAUGAUCACCACAUAAUAAAACAAUUAUAUAAAAGUAUAAAUGAAAAAAGCUUUAUAAUAAGUCGUGAUUCAUUAAAUGGUAUGGAAAUUAAUGAUAUAAGUCUUAUAAAGAAAUUAUUAAUAACAAGUAUAUUAGAUCUACCUAUAAAUGAUAAAAUUUAUUAUGAUGAAAAUUUUAGAAAUAAAAUUUUGGGGAUAGGAAAAUCUCAAAUUAUAAAUCCUGAUUUAUUUAUAAGAAAAGAUUUAAGUUUUAAUUCUAUUUUAAAUUUUAAUGAAAUGAAUAUUCCAAUAAGAAUUCCAAUGAUAAAUUUACCUGAUACUAUAGGAGAUUAUUUAAAUCCAACAGAUUUAAAUUUUAAACCAAAUUUAAUAAAUAUUUUAAAUAGUAAAUUAUCAAGUUCAAUUUUAAAUAAUGAAUUAACAAUAUAUGGUUUACAAACUCCUCCUAUAAUAAUAUUAAUAAAUGCUAUAUUAACUGGUAAAAAGAUAUUAGUUAUGAGUUAUGAAAAUAGUUCAGGAUAUAUUAUAGAUCAUAUUUUAUUAAUAUUAAAAAUUAUAACAGGAGGUGGAAUCCUUAGUGGACUUUUAACAAGAUAUAAUAUUUUCCCCAUUAUUGAUGUUUCAAAAAUUGAAUUAUUAGAAGAAUGUGAUAGUUUUAUUGCUGGUACAAUAAAUCCAUUUUUUAAAAAUAAUGAUAAAUUAUGGGAUUUAUUAUAUGAUUUAGAUUUAAAUGAAUUUAUUAUAAGUUCUAAUAUUGAAACACCUGGUGAUAACAUUAUAAAAAGUUCAAUAAUAUCAGAAGAUGCAAGAUUUUUAUCAAAUUUACAAUUAAGUAUUUUUAAUUAUAAUGAUGAUUUAACAACUAUACAAUUAAUUUUUAGAAGACAUAUAAAUGAAAUCAUAAGAAUCUUGUUGAGUUCAAAAAAUUUUAAUAAUAACUUAUUACCAAAUAAUAAAGAUUUAAUAUUAUUAUUAGAAGGUAUUGGAUAUUAUUGGUCAAGUGAUACAACAAAAUUAUUAGAAAUUUCAUGUUAUCAAUUAAUUUCAAAAAAAUUUCAAAAUUUAUUAUAUAAUGAAAAAUUAAUUUAUAACCUAAUUUUACCAAAUUUAUCAAAUGAAUUAAAUUUAAUGAUUGAUUUACAUUAUCAUUUACAAAGUUUAAAUAAUGUUUCCAUCACUACAAAAAUAAAUGAAAGAGAAAUUUGGUUUAAUAUAUUAAAAUUUUUGAUAAGUGGGAAAUCAUUAGAAAUUUUUUUAUUAAUUACAUAUUUAAUUCCUCCAAAUAGUUCAACAAGUUUACAAAGUUCUAUAGCACAUAAUGGUAAUAUAACAAUAUUUGAUAAAAAUAAAGGUAUUGAAUUAUUAUUAAUUAAUUUAUUUAAUUUUGAUGAUCAAAUUAAAUCAAAUAUUAUAAUGAUUUUACAAGAAUUAGAAGAUAAUUUUUUAUGUGGUUGGUGUAUUAAUUUAUUUUUAAAAAAUAAUUUAAUUUAUGAAAUUGCAUUUAAUGAGUUGAUAAAUACUUAG